CACUUUGUAUUCUAAAUUCAUACCUCUAUAGCCAUGAAUUCCAAAGCAGUGCUCGUUGUUUUGAUAUUCGCAAUAGUCCAGGCGUACGCCAAGGAACCCUUUUCGUACGUGAAUGAAGGAGAUAUGGGUUACUACAUCGUAGAAUACAAUGCCGACUACCGACCGGUGCCAUUGGCAUCUCAGCCGGGGGCCAUUUUUCAGAUGCUUUUCUUCAACACCACACCCAACGCCUACACCCUGGGCAUUCGCAUGGGCAACCACAACAAGGCCGAGACCAUGCGAAUCGUCUGGACAGCCAACAGAAACCGCCCAGUCCCCGAGAGAAGUACUCUCAAUUUCACAACCGAUGGAAAUCUGGCGCUCUUCCACGCCGACGGAAGCCUCGUGUGGUCUACCAACACUGCUAACAGGGGCGUCGUAGGGAUCGAACUCCGGAGCAACGGAAAUCUGGUCCUCUAUGAUGCCCAAAACAAAAGCGUGUGGCAGAGCUUCGAUCAUCCCACGGACACUCUUUUGGUGGGCCAAUCGUUGAAGGCAGGCGGAGUGCAGAAGCUCAUCAGCCGGGUCUCGGAAAUAGACGGAUCGGAGGGGCCUUACACUUUCGCAAUGGAAGCUGGCGGCUUUGCUCUCUAUGCCACGUUGCCCAUCCCUCUGCCCUACAACUCGCUGAGCUACUACGACAACCAAAUAAAGGACUUGUACUCCAUCACCCACACGUGCAAGCGUCCACUGGCAAGCAUCACCUUUCUCAGCGAUCCAGACGCCGACAAUGGCUUCCCCCUCACGAUGGAAAUGCGCCUCGCCAAUUCCACUGCUCCUCCGGAAAUGAGGGCAUCCUAUCUCUGCAAUUUCACUUCCGACCAAACCUCCACCGCUGUAUACUUAUUCGCCACUCCCAGAUUUAGCACCACAUUGUCGUUCCUCAGGCUGGACUGGGAUGGGAAUCUGAGAAUGUAUACAUACUCUCCCCAGAUUGAAUACAAUACGUGGGAUAUCACAUACGAGCGGUUUAAGUACGGUGGACUUUAUGGCUGUGGGCUGCCAAAGAAAUGCGGGUCGUUGGGAAUUUGUGGAGACAGUCAAUGCGUGGCGUGCCCGAAACCGCAGGGGCUCCAAGGCUGGACCAGCUCUUGCUCUCCUCCUUCGCUCCCCGCCUGCAACUCCAGCAGUGUCGCUGUCGACUUUUACGAGGUGGUGGGAGUCGAACAUUUUAGUAGCAAAUAUGUUGCAGGAAUAGAGAAAAUAAAUGUGGGUGAAUGCAAGAGGAGGUGUUUGAGUGACUGUAAGUGCGCCGCUUUUUUCUAUUGGCAGGAGUCUUCAAAGUGCUUCCUUAGGCAGACUGUCGAAACUCUGCAACAAAGUGGUAACAGCACGCACCUCGCGUUUAUUAAGUACCCAAAGAAUGUUUAAUUGAGUCCUUACCAGUUUGGCCAUCAGGUCAGCAACCCUGAAAUAAUACAAUAACAGGUCAGCAACCUGCAUGGUUUUGUCCUGAUCCCAGUCUUCUGUCAGUCUGAGUAUUUAUUUCACUUUAGAGAUAGAGUUCGCCGCUAAUCUGAAGGCUUUUGGAUCUAGUAAAUGUUUGGAUUAUUAAAAAUAAGAAAGGAAGAUUAUAUUUCCGCCGAA